AUGAAUAAAAAAAUCGUCAGGGAAAAGCUUCUUCUGCAAGUUGAGGAAGAUGGCGCAGAUGCCGCGGAUCAGCAUCCUUGCUGCCCGCACGGUCCCACAGUGCUAUUCUAUCAGCAAAGUGAAACUCCACGCGAUGGCUUCUAUGCCUGCUCCGCUCAUCGGAAUCCCAAACUGUGUGAUUUUCACAUGGAUAAGAUUCAAUGGAAAGGCAACAAGCUUAAGCGCUUGCCAAACGUUCGCGAUUAUCCCGAGUCAAUGAAGGAGCAAAGCGAUCCCGAUCCAACAAAUCACCUAGAAGCACUGUCGCAAGACGAAGUGCAUGCACAGUACUUUUUUGAUCAGAAAGCCCUGGAAUUUUUUGCGGAUCAAUGUCGCUUGCUUAAAAUCAAUAAGGUAGUUUGCAUGGGCGCGCCUCGGCUCCAUUUCCACCUGCGACGUACCAAAAUGCAAUCGUUUUUGCUAGAUUUCGACGAGCGAUUUGGUGCCUAUCUAAGCCCGCAGGAAUUCUGCCUGUACAACAUGUGCAACAAUCACUUCUUCUACAAUCGAGAACCCUUUGAGCUGUUCCUCAAAUGCAACAACAAUGAACGCGUUUUAAUUGUAACAGAUCCCCCAUUUGGCUGUAGAACGGAACUCAUUGCUCAUACGCUGCGUUCCCUCGUGCGUCUGCACAAUCGCAUCAACUGCCUGCCCGCCACGCCACUAUCCAUAUUUUGGGUAUACCCAUACUAUAUGGCAAACUAUAUAAAGCAGGAUAUGCCCGAGCUGCAAAUGUGUGACUAUAAGCUGAACUACACCAACCACAGUCGUUACACGAAUCUGGGCAUCGCCCGACGCUCCUAUGGCUCGCCAGUACGCGUCUUUACCAACGUGCCGCUGGAGCUGCUGCAGCUGCAACCUGCAGAGGGCUACAAGUAUUGUGAUAAAUGUCAACGCUACACAGGCAUAGAGAACGUGCACUGCGAUCGGUGCGCCAACUGCUGCUCGCAGAACGGCCAAACCUAUCGGCACUGUCAGUUUUGUGAUAUGUGUGUGAAACCCAAUUAUGUGCACUGCACGAACUGCCGCCGCUGCAGCCAGCGCGAGGGCCACGUCUGUGCGUUGUAUCAGUCUAUGCAGCGCUGCUGGUUAUGUGGCCAACGUGGUCAUAUUGAAACCAAUUGUAGACUGUGGCUACAACUGAAACGCAGAGAUCGCCAGAAGAAAAAGCAUCGGAAGGACCAGCACUACGGCUGCAUUAUUUGCGGCCAGCGAGGACACAGUGAACGCAGGUGUACACAACGCUGUCGAUACUUUAAGGAAUCGCAAUUCAUGGGACAAGCUCUGAUAGUGGCUCGCAAUAAAUCAAGUCAAAAGUUAAAGUUCUAGAGAAAGACCACAGAUCAUU